UUUAAUAAGACGGCUGCUCUCUCCGUCCAUGAAUUCUCCAUCUACCAUCUUUGACCUCGCCAAACCAUUCCAACCUUGACAUUAACAACGCUCUUGCAUCCAAGACGUGUGCUCACCACGUCGUCGUUUACUCCCUCCUUUAUUUCUAUUAGAACCCAACUUUGAUUCCUUUCUCUGUCUCUUCAAUCUCUCGAAACAGAAUAACCCUUUUUUCCUCCCUUCUCUCUCUUUUGAUUUCUGGGUUAACUGUAAUAUUUGAUUAAGAGAUAACCUUGAUUUCUGAUAAAGAUGGGCUUUUUCUUCAGAGGUCUAAAUGAGGAUCUCGCAUCUUCUCAACUGGACAUCCAAAGGUGUCCCUUUUUGAAAAACAUUAAUGAGCCUACUAAUUUUUCGUUUUCCCCAUCCAUGCCUUUCCCUAUGCCUGUACGCACAGGUAAGGGUCCAAUUUUCGAAGAUGGUCCCAAUUUUGAUAUGACAUUUAGGCUAUUCCAUGGGCAUGAUGGAGUAGUCCCACUUUCUGAAAGAUCAUUCUCACAUUCUGAGAAAGUAGAACCUCGACCUACUGCACCUACUGCACCGGAGUUCAAUCCUUUAGCUGCAAAGGCAGCCACCAUCAGUCUUUCAUCCUUUGGAGCUGGGGGACCCUUCAGUUUUGAUGCAUUUUCUAAGAAGUGGAAUAAUCAGAAGAAAAACUCCAAUUCAUCCAAGAAAGAGUCGUCUUCACAGGGAGGACACUCAAAGCACGAGGCAUUGAGCAAUGAGUGGCUGCAAACUGGAAACUGCCCUAUUGCAAAAUCAUUUCGGGCAGUUAGUGGUGUCCUGCCACUUGUGGCGAAGGUUCUGAAACCCCCUCCAGGCAUGAAAUUCAAGUGCCCACCUGCAAUAGUUGCAGCCCGAGCAGCUAUAUCACAAACUGCCUUUGCAAAGAAUCUUCGGCCACAACCCUUACCUGAAAAGAUACUUGUGAUUGGGAUGUUGGGUAUGGCAGCAAAUGUUCCUUUAGGAAUAUGGAGGGAGCACACGAAAAAAUUUUCGCCAUCAUGGUUUGCUGCUGUCCAUGCUGCAGUUCCUUUCAUAGGCAUGCUUAGGAAAUCCAUAUUGAUGCCAAAGUCAGCCAUGGCAUUUACCAUUGGAGCAUCUAUAUUAGGACAGGUUAUUGGAUCCAGGGCAGAGCGAUACCGGCUGAAAGGAGUGGCUGCCAAGGGAAUGCCUCUCACCAAAACACCUGCAGUGGCUGCCAAGGGAAAGCCUCUCACCGAGACGCCUGCCAGUAGCUUAAGUCAGUUGCAAGUUAUUGCUGUUAAUAGUGGACAUUGCGGUUCUCUGGUGGAAUAUCCAGUUUCCCUUCAGAUGGCCGGAAACUCAUCUUCAGCAGCUGACAUAUUCUGCUAAUUCUGUCUUGGCACUGUUGUUCGCCCCAUCUUGGUGCUUUUACAUGAUUGUAAUUCCUUGUUUCCAACAAAGGGCGUUUGCCUAUUCCUUGUUUUCCAUGAUUGUUGUUGUUCCCUUUCCUGUAAAGACUUGAUUCCGGCAAUAGAAGGAAUAAAAAUAUAUAAAUAAUGAGUGAUUUAUUUAUUGGUCAGGCAAA